GGCGGACUGCAAGGGGGACUUCACAGGUGCCCAUGCCACAAGGGAAGCCGUCGCCGACCUCCACCACGUUGGCAGCCAUACGCAAUACGCCUUUAGCUGUGGAAGGAUAGCUUCACAGAACGGUGGAGUGCAAGCCUCGUCGACCGUUAGGUGAGUUCCAACCGAGUUUGCACCCAGCUACACAUCCUCACACUGUAUGUACGUUGAUCUCCGCUAACCCUCCUCCAAUGACAGCGGCAAUUACCCAGCUAUACUGUACAUACAUUACCAUCAGCCCCAAAGGCCAGGGCCCAGAAAACCCCCGGUGCAAAAAUGGUCGCCGAACUCGCCGUCUGCGUCGUCGGAAUCUACACCUGCUUCCUAACCUGGCAACUGACCCAAGAAGCCGUCACAACCCAACUCUACGGCGGCCAAAAGUUCCGCCACUUUGUCUUCCUCAACGUCGUGCAAUCCCUCUGCGCCUCGCUGGUCGGGUUCAUCUACGUCCGGCUAAUCAAGAAACAGCCCCUCGGCCGCCCGUCAAAGGAGUUAUGGACAGGCUACAUCCAAUGCGCCUUCCUCACGACCGUCGCCCCGCAGUUCGGGUACGAGGCCCUGAAACACAUCGACUACCCGACGGUGAUCCUCGGCAAAUCAUGUAAACUCGUACCGGUGCUGCUGAUGAAUUUCCUGAUCUACCGCCGCACCUUCCCGGCGCAAAAAUACCUGAUUGUGGCCCUGAUCACCGCAGGCGUGUCGGCGUUCAUGCUGCUGCAUAAACAGGAGGACGACGCGGCUGCAAAACGCGGCGGGCGGUCGAACAGCUUAUACGGACUAGGAUUACUCCUCGUGAACCUUCUGAUGGACGGCGCGGUGAACUCCACCCAGGACCGCAUCUUCCAUAAAUUCAAGGUCACCGGCGCGUCCAUGAUGGUGUACCUCAACCUCCUUUCCUCGGCAGCAAUGACGCUGUACCUCCUCCUGAACCCAUUCACGGCCGAACUCUCGAGCGCCCUGACGUUCUGCCACGCGCACCCGCGGAUCGUGGCGGAUAUCCUCCUGUACGGAUUCUGCGGCGCGAUCGGGCAGUGUUUCAUCUACCACACGCUUGAGCGCUUCGGCGCCGUUAGUCUGGUGACCGUCACGGUCACGCGGAAGAUGUUUUCGAUCCUGCUGAGUUUCUUUUGGUUUGAUCACCAUGUGUCGUUGGGCCAGUGGGCGGCUGUCGGGCUAGUGUUUACCGGGAUUGGGUUGGAGGCGGUGAUGAAGAGGGCGCCGUCGAAGGAGAAGGCGACGCCGAUGGUGAAUGGGAUUGAUGAGAAGGCGAAGGCGGUGAAGACGGGGGUUAGACAGCGCAAGCGUGCGGAUUGAGUAGGGACGGCUCUCCUAUGCGGAC